AUGUAUGUGAAAUGGUUUGAUACAGGAAUGUUAUACUAUGUGAUUUUAGUGUAUUGAGUGAAUGUCACUUUUUGUCAUUUUCAAAUUUCCUGCCAGUUCCGUCCCCGUACGUCCCGACGCUCGCAGGGGACGGAACCCAGAUGACAGAUGCCAGCAUCCACUGGAGGACAUUGCUGGGGACACUGCAGGAGGGACAUCGCGGGAGCACAGGACAAGGUAAGUGCAGAAGGGAUCCCGGAGCAGCGCUGCAGUGUAUUCCCGAGUGUAGCUCGGGGUUACCGCUUGUGCUACACUCGGGAAUACCGCCAGGGGGUUAC